CCGGCCGGGGCUCCGGAGAGGCGCCGUUUGCCGGUUCCCGGGGCCGCCCUGUUGCCGCCGCCUCUUUCCUCCGCUCGCGGUGAGCCCGUCAGUCCCCGCACUGUGCUCGCCUCCGUCUGGGCCAUGGAUGGUGUUGUUACAGAUCUUAUAGCAGUCGGUUUAAAGCGGGGGUCUGAUGAGCUUCUUUCUUCUGGCAUCAUUAACGGACCUUUUACCAUGAACAAUUCCACUCCUUCUGCAGGUGUAUACGCUAAUGGGAAUGACAACAAGAAAUUUAAAGGAGAUAGACCUCCCUGUUCGCCUUCCCGUGUUCUCCAUCUUCGCAAAAUUCCAAGUGAUGUCACCGAAGCAGAGGUCAUAUCAUUAGGUCUACCAUUUGGCAAAGUAACUAAUCUUUUGAUGUUGAAAGGAAAAAGCCAGGCUUUCUUAGAAAUGGCUUCUGAGGAAGCUGCUGUUACUAUGGUGAAUUAUUACACUCCUGUUACUCCUCACCUUCGAAGCCAGCCUGUUUUUAUUCAGUAUUCCAAUCACAGAGAACUUAAGACUGACAAUCUGCCUAAUCAAGCUAGAGCCCAAGCUGCACUGCAGGCUGUCAGUGCGGUCCAGUCAGGAAGUCUGGCCCUUCCUGGAGCGCCUACCAAUGAAGGCACAAUCCUCCCUGGGCAGAGCCCUGUGCUCCGAAUAAUUAUUGAAAACCUCUUUUAUCCUGUUACCCUGGAAGUUCUUCAUCAGAUAUUUUCUAAAUUUGGCACAGUCUUAAAGAUUAUCACCUUUACAAAGAAUAAUCAGUUUCAAGCCUUGCUUCAGUAUGCUGACCCGUUGAAUGCACAUUAUGCCAAAAUGGCUCUGGAUGGCCAGAAUAUCUAUAAUGCAUGCUGCACUCUGCGUAUUGACUUCUCCAAGCUCACCAGCCUUAAUGUGAAAUAUAAUAAUGACAAAAGCAGAGACUUCACUCGCUUAGACCUUCCCACUGGUGAUGGCCAGCCAUCCCUUGAACCCCCUAUGGCUGCUGCUUUUGGUGCACCAGGAAUCAUUUCCUCACCAUAUGCAGGGGCUGCUGGCUUUGCCCCCGCUAUUGGAUUUCCUCAAGCUACAGGUCUGUCAGUCCCAGCUGGACUAGGUCCCGGAGCGCUCGGUCCCCUUGCAAUCACCUCCUCCGCUGUCACUGGAAGGAUUGCCAUUCCCGGGGCUGGUGGUAUGCCAGGAAAUUCCGUUCUGCUUGUCACCAAUCUUAAUCCUGAUCUUAUCACACCACAUGGACUUUUUAUACUAUUUGGAGUAUAUGGUGAUGUACAUCGAGUGAAGAUAAUGUUUAAUAAGAAAGAAAAUGCCCUGGUUCAGAUGGCAGAUGCAAAUCAAGCUCAACUAGCAAUGAACCAUCUGAGCGGUCAAAGACUUUAUGGGAAAGUGCUUCGUGCUACACUGUCCAAGCAUCAAGCAGUUCAGCUUCCUCGAGAGGGACAAGAAGACCAAGGUCUGACUAAGGAUUUUAGCAAUAGUCCUUUGCAUCGCUUUAAAAAACCUGGCUCUAAAAACUUCCAGAAUAUUUUUCCCCCAUCAGCUACUCUGCAUCUUUCCAACAUCCCCCCCUCUGUUACAGUAGAUGACCUGAAGAAUCUUUUCACAGAAGCUGGAUGUUCAGUGAAGGCUUUUAAAUUCUUCCAGAAAGAUCGCAAAAUGGCACUCAUUCAGUUGGGAUCUGUGGAAGAAGCAAUCCAGGCCCUCAUUGAGCUUCAUAACCAUGACCUUGGAGAAAAUCAUCACCUCAGAGUUUCCUUCUCAAAAUCUACAAUCUGACUUUUCUGUGAAUUUUUCUCCUAAGACUGGACCAUAAUUUCAGUAAAACCUUCAGACAUAGACUGAAGCAGCUCAAGACCAAUUCUGCCUCUUUUUCAAAAAUAACUCUUUCUGACUUUGAUGUUAAAGUAUAUUAAAAAAAUCAAGGGAUGUUCUCUUUUCCCAUUUCUCCC